AAUGCAUCCUCACUGAUGCUCUGCUCUGUCAGCCCGGUUCACGUUUAUUUUGUCCAUCUCUUACUUUUGCACUCUUUACACAGAGCAGGAAUCCCCCUCUCCACACAUCAUGAACCGCAUUUUCGGUCGGAGUAAGAACCAGGCCCCACCCAACCUCUCAGAGUGCAUCGGAAAUGUCGAAGCCAGGGCCGAGUCCAUCGACAAGAAGAUCGCCAGAAUCGACGCCGAGCUCAUCAAGUACAAAGAUCAGAUGAAGAAGAUGAGAGAAGGUCCGGCGAAGAAUGCAGUGAAGCAGAAGGCGAUGCGGGUCCUCAAACAGAAGAGAAUGUAUGAAGGCCAAAGAGAUCAACUUGCCCAGCAGUCCUUUAACAUGGAACAGGCCAACUACACCAUUCAGUCUUUAAAGGACACCAAAACAACAGUUGAGGCUAUGAAGAUUGGUGCAAAAGAAAUGAAAAAGGCCUAUAAGCAAGUAAAAAUGGACCAGAUUGAAGACCUACAGGACCAGCUUGAGGACAUGAUGGAAGAAGCCAACGAAGUUCAGGAGGCUCUGAGCCGCAGCUAUGGUACUCCAGAAAUUGACGAGGAUGAGCUAGAAGCAGAGUUGGAUGCCCUUGGAGAUGAGUUACUGCUGGAUGAUGACAGCUCCUAUCUAGAUGAAGCCUCAGCUGCGCCCUCCAUACCAGAGGGGAUGCCCAGUGAUAGCAAAACCAAUAAGGAUGGUGUUCUGGUGGACGAGUUUGGAUUACCGCAAAUCCCAGCCACAUAGACUGAGUUACUGCAGGACCUGCUCCCUGACUGAAAGUCCUCUGCGUAUUUUGUACAUUUGGCAUUCAAAUCCACUUUACCCAAGAAGACUUACCCAAUUUGUGGUACUGAAGCUCGUGCUUCUGUUGGAUUUUGUGCCAUUCCAGCAUGUGGGCUUGUAGGAUUAUGUUUCCAUUGGUUUUUGAUUAACCAUAUCUUGUUCUCCAUAUUAAUAUUACCUUAAUACACUGACCACUUUAUUAGGAA